AUCGAGAUCUCUGCACGAGUAGACCUAAAAACAAAACCAAAAAAAGAAGAAAAAUCUCAUUGUCGUCUUUACUAGAGUGACUUGUGUUAUAGUGUCUUAAGCGGGCGAUAAUUAUCUGUGUUCAAAUAAACAAAAGCAAUUUGUGAUAAAACAAGACUCGAUUCUAAAUAGAUUGACUAUGACCAAAAAAAAUGACUUCAACAAUGCGCCAACCAUCAGCUACUUUCGACUGUAUCGAUUCGCCACGCCCCUCGAAUUCUUCCUGAUAUUUCUAGGUAUUGUCUUCACCACCCUCAAAUCGUUUGGAAUGCCAUUGAUGAUCAUAGUGUACGGGGAAUUUACAACGUUACUCGUAGACCGUACUUACGAGAAUGGAACCAGUUCGAAUACGACACUGCUGCAGUUGUUCGGUGGCGGAAGAGUUCUUACCAAAGCAUUGAAAGAAGAAAAUAAUAAAGCCAUAAUCGAGGAUUCGAUAGCUUACGGCAUAUUGAUGACAACAGUUUCAGUCUUCCAGUUUGUCAUGGGCAUAUUUUCCGUCGAUCUGUUCAACUACACUGCCAUAAAACAGAUCACUCGAAUCCGGAUAAAAUAUUUUAGUUCAAUGAUCCGACAAGAGGUUGGUUGGUUCGACUGUGCGUCGUCCGAGUCAAAUGUAGCGGUCAGAAUAUCGGAAGACAUUGAAAAGAUCCGCGAAGGCAUCGCCGAAAAAGUCAGCCACUUCCUAUGUUUAAUGAUCGGAUUCGUGAUUUGUGUGGCGCUUUCAUUUUCGUACGGUUGGAAACUGACUCUAGUCGUCAUUGGCUACGUGCCGAUUCUUCUCAUAUCCAAUAUGAUCAUAGCACGGUUCCAAUCGAUUCUAACUGCCAAAGAGUCAAACGCCUAUGCGUCGGCAAGUUCUGUGUCGGAGGAAGUUUUAGGUGGCAUUAGGACAGUCGUUGCAUUUAGUGGGGAAAAGAAGGAAUCCGAGAGAUACAACAAAUUGUUGAUACCAGCACAAAAGUCCGGAAUCCGCAAAGGAUUGGCAUCCGGGAUCGGCGAGGGCAUCAUGCGUUUCAUGUUUUACGCUAUGAAUUCGCUGGCAUACUGGUACGGAGUGUCGUUGGUGCUGGCCGACCGAGACAAAAUUGAAAAGGAGUACACACCGGCGGUCCUGAUGAUCACAUUUUUCGGGCUGAUUGUUGGAGCGGAAAAUAUAUCCAGAAGUGCGCCAUUUUUGGAAUGUUUUGCAAUGGCACGUGGAGCGGCCGCCACCAUUUUCAAAGUCAUUGACCGAAAAUCAAACAUCGAUCCAAUGUCCGGCGACGGAAAGAUGAUCAAUUAUGGUGUCAAAGGAGACAUCGAAUUUCAGGACGUCGGAUUCCAUUAUCCAUCCCGUACGGAUGUGCAAAUUUUGGAUCAUCUGAGCGCCCGGUUUACAAGCGGUCAAACGGUUGCAUUGGUCGGUAGCAGCGGAAACGGAAAGUCUACGUGCCUGCAAUUAUUGCAACGAUUUUAUGAUCCGACGUUCGGUCGAGUUCUGAUCGAUGGUCAGGACAUUAGAAGUUUCAACAUUUCAUGGCUGCGUUCGAAGAUGGCGUUCGUCGGCCAAGAGCCGGCACUAUUUGCAACGACUAUUGAGGAAAACAUUCGUUAUGGAAAGCCGGAUGCCAGCAGAAAAGAAAUCGAAGAAUCAGCCAAAAUGUCCGGGGCACACGACUUUAUCGUGAAACUGCAAGAUGGCUAUCAAACCUUAGUGGGAGAAAGAGGAUGUCAACUGUCCGGUGGUCAAAAGCAACGCAUUGCCAUUUCCCGAGCAUUGAUACAGAAUCCGACCAUUCUGCUGCUCGACGAAGCAACGUCAGCAUUGGAUACAGAUACUGAACGGCUGGUGCAGGACGCAUUGGACAAGGCAAGCAAAGGACGAACAACAAUCGUCGUGUCUCACAGGCUGUCGGCUAUCCGGAAUGCAGACCGAAUAUUGUUCAUUGAGAAGGGGAAAAUAGUCGAAGAUGGAACGCACGACGAAUUGAUUAAAUUGCAAGGAUCCUACUACAAUAUGAUGCGCUCGAAUAACAUGGACAGCGACAGCAUUCUGCAAAACACUCUGGACGCUGACAAUGUGAAUUUGCCGAGCAGCAAAUUGGUACAAAAACAAAUGUUUGCUGAAAGUCAGCAAAUCCAGGACAGCCAAACCGCUAUGGCAGCCGAAGCCGUCGUAGUACUCGACACGCCGCCGGAGCGUAUCCACCACGGAGCCGUCUUUAAACGAAUUUUACUGAUCGCUAGACCGGAAUGGUUUUUCCUUUUCCUUGCAUUCAUAUGUGCUCUAAUAAUCGGUGCUUCCAUACCGGCCUUUUCCAUACUAUUCGGAGAGUUUUACGGAGCACUAGCCACAGCGGAUCCCAAAGUAGCCACAGAAACUACCAACUCACUUUGUGUGGCGUUUUUGGUACUCGGAAUUUUAAUUGGUGUUGCGGCAAUUAUCCAAACGUACAUGUUCAACAUGGCUGGUGUUUAUCUGACCACAAGAAUUCGGGCACGAGUCUUCGGUGCAAUGAUCAGACAAGACAUGGCCUGGUUCGACGAUUCGAAUAACUCUGUUGGUGCACUAUCAGUACGAUUGACUAGCGAUGCUGCGACCGUACAAGGGGCCAUCGGCUAUCCCUUGAGCGGUAUGAUUCAGUCGGUUGCAACGUUCGUUUUUGGUGUCAGCGUUGCAUUUGCUUACAUCUGGAAAAUGGCACUGGUUAUCCUUCCCACUGCUCCGCUGGUCAUUUUUUCCGUACUCUUCGAAGGAAAAUACAUGGCCAACACAGCAGAGGUGGAAAGGAGGGGAAUCGAAGAGAUUGCGAAACUAGCCACCGAGGCAAUAUCGAACAUUCGAACGGUGGCCAGCCUGCGACAGGAACCACAUAUUAUAGCGCGAUACUGCACACAAAUAGCAAAAGUGGAACGAACAAUUCGCAGGAAGCUUUCAAUGCGUGGUCUUGUCAAUUCGCUGGGACAAUCGAUUCCCUUCUUCGGAUAUUCUCUUGCUCUUUACUACGGAGGUCGGUUGGUCGCUGAAGAAGGCGUUCCCUUCCAAAAUAUCAUCAAAGUGUCUGAGUCUUUACUGUACGGCACUAUGAUGUUGGGUCAAUCGUUAGCCUUUGCUCCGGCUUUCACCGCAGCAUUUGCGGCAGGCCAUCGGCUGUUCCAAAUCGUUGACCGAGAAUCGAGAAUUAGAUCUCCGGGAAUCUUCAACCUUAACCGCAAACCGGACAAAGGAAGCAACGCCAAAUUCGAGCAGAUCAACUUCAAUUAUCCCACCAGGCCGAACAUGAAAAUUCUGCAGAACAUUAACCUGGACGUACCGGAAGGAAAGACCGUGGCAUUGGUUGGUCCAUCGGGCUGUGGAAAAUCCACAUGCAUUCAACUGUUGCAGCGACUGUAUGACCCAGACAAUGGUCGUAUCUAUCUCGGACUCGAUGAGAUUUCCAGGGAUAUUGCACUGCCUGAGCUCAGAUCGAAAUUGAGUAUCGUCUCGCAGGAACCGAUUUUGUUUGACCGAACCAUUGCCGAAAACAUUGCGUACGGCGACAACUCGCGAGCGAUCGACAUGAGUGACGUUAUUGACGCGGCAAAGACAGCCAACAUUCACGACUUCAUCGUUUCACUGCCAAUGGGCUACGAAACAAAACUGGGAUCAAAGGGAACUCAACUAUCGGGUGGUCAGAAACAAAGGGUUUCCAUCGCGAGAGCUCUUGUCCGCAAUCCCAAAGUACUGCUACUGGACGAAGCCACUUCGGCAUUGGACAUUGCUAGCGAAAAGGUCGUUCAAACUGCAUUGGAUAUCGCUCGAACUGGCAGGACGUGUCUCGUGAUUGCACAUCGAUUGUCCACCAUUCAAAAUGCGGAUCUGAUUUGUGUCAUUCAAAAUGGCGCCGUAUGCGAACAGGGUACGCACAAUCAGCUAAUGGCAUUGGGUGGACUGUAUUCCAGGCUAUAUUCGAUGCAACCGAGUGUGGAAUAAAUAAGGGAGAUCGGACUCAACAUUCAACAAAUUAUCAAGCUUCUUAUUUUGUGACUAUUUUGCAAAUAAAAAUUCGCGAAAAAAUGUUGGA